AUGGCCACGCUCACUCACCCACCUCAGCCUUUACAUGCGCAAACAACGACUCCGGUCCACCAAAGUCUCGUCUACGACGCAAGCGCUCCUGAAACCCGCUCAACCUCAACAAACCCGCCUUCACCUUUACACGACCCAAGCAAUUACUCUCACCCUUACUCUCACGCUACGCCUCUGUUUGCCAUGGAUGAUGAGUACCCUCCUGGCGAGGAGCAACUCUUCUUUGCUGCGCAGCCUCCAGUACUGCCUCCCAUGAACAUCACUCCUCUAGAUGCCGACAUGGAGGGAGCCGACGACACUGCUGGCAGAUCGCCCACCUGGCCGCCUUCUGUGACAUCUCAUCUCCGCAAUUCGCCUGCGCAUGCUCCUACCACCACAAUAAACAUCGUUGACGUGCCUUCGCCCAUCCCUGAACCACUCUCAUCUCCAGUACCGCCCGCCGCCUUGUACUCAGACACACCUCCAGCCCCGCCGGCUCUCGCGCCCGUCCCGCGUCCGUCUGCCGAGGACAGUGAAGAGGAGGAUGAAGACGACGACGACCGUAGCCAUAUCAGCGAUGAGCGCGCAAGAAGCUUCUAUCCUUUCAAGGAGGACAAGACGAUCCCAGACGCCGAAGAGGUCAGGAUCAUGCAGGCUUAUGUUGAAAACAGCGCCUUGAACGACAAGCACUGGCAUUCUCGCACCUUCUUCGAUCUACAAGAUCCCGACUUCACACCGCAAGAGCAGGGAAAGAUCGAGUGGACCAUCAAAAGCUUCAACGGCACAAAAGACGCCCCCAGAAAAAACCUCCUGCUUACUUCGCCCACCGUCUCUAUCGGUGGCUAUGAUUGGAGGAUCAAGUUGCUGCCACACGGUAACAUGCACACUGAUCGUCUCAGUCUGUACGUUGAGAAUAUGACCGUACAGUCAUCCGCCCAAGACGAGUGGCCGGCAGAAACCCUCGCCCUUCCUGUGUCUAGCGAUGCUAAGGUCGCAAAGCGUAGGUCGGUUGCUGCACAAGUGUCAAUCAUUGUCUACAACCCGGAAGAACCUCGCGUGAAUGAGUUCAGGGCAGAUGCCUCUCAAUUCUCAAAAGACUCUCCUGAUCACGGCUGGACUCGCUUCACGAGUGUGCCGUGGUAUGAAAUUCACCGUCGCUCUUAUGCUCAGAGACAACCACUGCUUCGCAAUGAUACCCUCGCCAUCAAGGCUUUCAUCCGUGUGAUUCAUGACCCCACUGGUUGUCUGUGGGCUGCGAAAGACUCACAACGGGAGCUAGCAUUGACUGGCCUGAGCCCUUUUUACGCAGGCUACCCAGACUCUGCACUUUCUCCCGUGCUAGCAUUAUUGCUUCAUCUCCGCCCCUUCCGCUCCGUGCUGUAUCAGCUCGGCGAUAUCUUCAACGCCAAGGAGGAAGAUAACAUCCUGACUGUCCUUCAAGCGAUGCUUUGGCGUAUGCGCUCCCGAGCCGUAUCUCCGCAUGCAAACAGCUCUGUGCCUCUGAUCAGCGAAUUUCUCGAGGAAUGGUACGAGGACAAAGGCCCUCAAGAUGCUAUGCAGACUGUAGAAGCUGUCAUCAACGACAUGAAGUCUCGCCUUGAGAAGCUAGGAGACACGCGCACGCUGGACAAAUUGUCGCAGGUACUUAAGCACGAUCACUUCACUGGAGAUAGGCUCAACAGGCGUCCUAUCGUCGGCAAGACUUCCGUACAAGAAGUCGUCGAUGACGGCCUGCCCAACGACUUGCUUCAUUGCGAGGUUCUCACACUUGAGCUGGAGCGUCAAGUGUUUGACACCGAGAAACGCUGUUACAAGAAGUUGCUCGACAAGGUGCGCCUCGACGACCAGGUCAUUGUAUCAGGUGUCACGUACACGCUAUACGGCUUCGUCGCUCAUGAGGGUCAUUUGCGUAACGGCAAGUAUUCGAGCCAUUUCCGCCCUGGUGGUCUCGGAGGCCUGUGGUAUACCUAUAAACACAACACAACUCCGGCAUGCCAGACGAAAACCCAGGCCAUUGCAGCCAAAGAAGGCAUCUAUCCUCCCGAGGCAGUUGAAGAACCAGUCAUCACGUCAGAUCGCCCAAUCAGCUACGAUCGCUUGCUUGGCCAAGUUGAGGCUGUAGCUUACGUGGUCAUCUAUUUGCGCGAUACUGUCGCACUUGAUCUCGCUACUCCUGAGCCAUGGGAGGCACCGUCCUGGAUUCAUAAAAUGUAUGCUCCUUCAACAGACACGGCGGAAUCUGCAAACAACACACUGCAUUACGACGACACUACCUCGGGUGGUGAUGACGACGAGGAGAUGAACGACGCCUCCAUUAUCGAAGAAGCUCCUCAGGACACCCUGAAACAAGUCACUAUCAAUUACCUAUCCCAACCCUUUUACCAAGGAACCAUCAACUCCGCCUCGGAAUACCACGGCACAGGCCAUCUUAUCCACCUCUCCGGCGACGAAUACACCGGCACCUUCUCCCACUCCACCCGCACCGGCCACGGCAAAAUGACCUACGCAAACCUCGACACCUACGAAGGCGCUUGGGAAAACGACCUCCCCCACGGUCACGGCACACACACUUCCCACCGCACCGGCAACAUCUACACGGGCAACUGGCUCGAAGGCAAGAAACACGGUGAAGGCACAACUAUCACUCUUAUGAUCACGUCUUGGUAA